UUACCUGGCCUUUGCCGCCUAAGGGAGCCCGCCCGCGCUGCCGAGAGCCCAGGACACUUCCGGCCGCGUCCCGGAAGCCGCGCGCUGAGCCAGCGUGUUCCCCUCCACCUGACCCCUGCUCACCAGGGCAGUCGUGCUUCACUCACCUUACACCUGCCAGCCUACGACUGAGCUGCCCAGGAGGCAUGAGCACUUCCAAGCUCUAUACCUUAGUGCUGGUGCUGCAGCCCCAGCGGGUCCUCCUGGGCAUGAAGAAGCGGGGCUUCGGCAUGGGCCGCUGGAAUGGCUUUGGGGGGGAAGUGGAAGAAGGAGAGACCAUCGAGGAUGGGGCCAGAAGCUCUACUUGGUCCAACUACAGCUUCUCUUGGGAAGGAACGAAGGCCCAGAGAGGGGGAGACAGUGGUCUGACAGCAGAGAUGCUGCACAAAGUGGGGAAAAUUGUGUUUGAGUUCGUGGGGGCCCCCGGGCAAAUGGAAGUGCAUAUCUUCUAUACAGAGAGCGUACAGGGGACACCUGUGGAGAGUGAUGAAAUGCGACCUCAGUGGUUCGCCCAGGACCAAAUCCCCUUCCGUGGCAUGUGGCCCGAUGACAGCUACUGGUUCCCGCUCCUGUUCCAGAGGAAGAAGUUCCGCGGCUACUUCAAGUUCCAGGACCAGGACACUAUCCUGGACUAUUCGCUACAUGAGGUGGACCAAGUUUAGCGCUGAGCCUACUGGUGGCCAGGAGAGGGCGCCUUGGCAGCAGCUCUCCUGUCCACGUGCUCACAAGGCCAGCCUCAUGAGGUGUCAGAGGUGACUGGAUGCAAGGGAGGGCCUUCAGCAGUGUGGCUUGUCCUGUCCCCAGGGAGCUGCCUGUCGUGCCGCUGUCACACAGAACACUGGACACAGGUGGGAGGGACUGGGUAAAGGAGGGCCUGCCAUAUGACCUACUGUCCUUUUAUUGCCACUCCCCACUUUGUGAUUCCUACCCUUUCCCAGUGGGGAAACAGACAAACAAGAGUCAAAAGCCAUGGGGCUGGGAAGGUGGCUCAGUGGUAGAGCGCUUGGCUCGCAUGUAUGAGACCCUGGGUUCGAUUCCUCAG